AUGCUAUAUAACACUGACUCAGUCACUGCACUUGACUAUGAGCGGAGCUCCAGCGGGACCGGCCGGCACAGGAAAGACCGAAACCACUAAAGACCUGGGCAGAGCUCUGGGGGUCAUGGUGUAUGUCUUCAACUGCUCGGAGCAGAUGGACUAUAAGUCCAUAGGGAACAUCUUUAAAGGUCUGGCACAAACUGGAGCGUGGGGCUGCUUUGAUGAGUUUAACCGAAUCGCUGUGGAGGUUCUGUCAGUCGUGGCAGUACAGGUGAAGACCAUACAGGACGCCAUUCGCAACAAGAGGAAGAGGUUUCUGUUCCUAGAGGAAGAGAUUAGUUUGAAGCCCUCUGUUGGGAUCUUCAUCACAAUGAACCCUGGAUAUGCUGGACGAACUGAGCUACCAGAGAACCUCAAAGCUCUUUUCAG